AAGCGUGUACUGAACCCGGCCGCACGGAAGUGCUUCUGUGUCACUGGCUACCCACAAUAGUACGUGAGAAAUGAGGGUUGCUUCGUAUAUACAAUUCAGUUAGCUCUCUUAAAACCCCCAUUUUUAAUUUCACUAACAACAUCUGAUGUUUAAUUAUCAUUAUUUUGAUAUUGGCUGAACGAAACGCGGGGUAGCUAACGUUAGCUUGUUAGCUAUCUCUACUAAUGUCAGCGGCCAUGCCGUCCUACUCUGAACUGAGGAAAACCAACCACUUCUACUACUUCAUCAAAUUCACAUUGAAUGUCUACUCAAUGCUCUUCUCGCUGAUGGGCCUCUGUGUGCUGUGCGUGGGGGUGUACGCAGAAGUGGAAAGGCAGAAGAACAGAACCCUGGAGGGCCUUUUCCUGGCCCCCGCCGUGGUGCUCAUCCUGCUGGGCCUGGUGAUGUUCACCGUGUCGAUGGUGGGCAUGGUUGGGUCCCUCAGGGACAACAAGACCCUGCUGCACAUGUUCCUCUGUGUCCUCUGUGUGCUGCUGCUCCUGCAGGCCAUCGGGCUCACCAUGGCCCUCAUCUUCGAAAGCAAGACGUCGGCCCUGUUCCAGAGCAGCAUACGGGAAGGAAUCAAGCACUACUACGAUGAUCUGGACUUCAAAAACAUCUUGGAUUAUAUGCAGCAAAAGUUUUCAUGUUGUGGAGGGGAUGAGUACAAGGACUGGGGAGUCAACCAGUACCAUUUCUGCAACGGUACCGGUCCGCUAGCCUGCGGGGUUCCAUACACCUGCUGUGUGCGCCACAAGGUAGGAGAGGUGGUCAACACUCUGUGUGGUUACAAGACUCUGGAUAAUCAGCGUGAAACCCUGCACGAGGUGAUCUACGUGCGAGGCUGCAUCCAUGCAGUCAACCUCUGGAUGAGUGACAACAUUGGAAUAACCGCGGCACUCUGCUGCGCCAUCGGCCUGCCUCAGCUGCUGGGCAUCCUCCUGAGCUGCGUCUUCUGGAACCUGCUGGUGGACAUGAGCGAGUCGACCGACAUGGUGGACUUCAAGCUGAAGAAGGCGGAGGUGGAGUACAGCGACCUCGACCUGGCCGGCGCCGGCUGGUGCCUGUGUCUGCCGAGGGACGGCGGCUACCUGCCCGUCCCCGCCGCCGAGCCCGACCUCGACCCCAUCGACGUGCACCUGCAGCGGCUCAAGAAGCAGGCGCCUCGCACUCACUCUCAGCUGCGGGAGCUGCAGCAGUCCAGGUCGACCACCGGGCUGGACGAGGUAGAUGUUGGCCGGAAGCAGAAGAGGGAACACUAAUUUGGUAUUUUUACCCCCUUUCUGGACUUUUGGGUUUUGGCCUUUUUCAUUUUUUUUUAUUUUUGAUUCUGUCGUUGUAAUCAUUGCAUUGCAUUUGUUGGAGUUGUGUUGCACUACUUAAUGGUUGAAUCUGUGCGUCGUUGGACCAAGGGGAAGUUGGUCGGCUAAUGGGAUCAAAAGUACCUUGGCACCGUGUUGGUGAAUUUCGUUUACAACAAAAAAAAAAUUGAAAGAACAACAUGCGCACACUGACUGUAAAAUAAAACUCAUUUAUUUUGUCUUGUUUGUGGCGGUUGAUAUUGGAAGAUUUAUGGCAUUGUGUCACAUUGAAGUGGUGACAUUAUUAACCUUUUGAAAUUGAGCUCCUGUGCUAAAGCUUACCUCAGGCCGUUUUGACAAACAGCCCAGUAGUAGGAGCACAGUACAAUUUGGUGUGUAAAUUAACGGUAGCUUGAAAAGGUGUGUUUCAGUGUCCGAGGUCUAGGAAUAGCCAAGUAUGUCUUGCGUGUAGCGUCUGUGACGGAUGUGUACAGUUUGUGUAUAAUUUAUUUGAUUUUGACUAUGAUUUUUGCAUUGGUGUACAUUGUAAGACGGGUAGUUGUGGAAUAACAUGGGAUGCAUGUUUUGUACUGAAUAUAAAGUCAAUUAAAAGAAAAUAAUUAAAAAAAAAAAAAA